AUGCUGGCUGCACAGAGUUGCCAAAAGAGUUAUGCUGAUACAAGACGAUGUAAGCUAGAAUUUGAAGUUGGUGACCAAGUAUUCCUGAAGGUAUCACCAAUGAAGGGAGUCAUGCGGUUCGGUAAAAAGGGAAAGCUAAGUCCAAGGUAUGUCGGUCCCUUUUUAGUGACGGAAGUCGUAUGUCCGGUCGCCUAUAGAGUCAAAUUACCAUCUAACCUAGCCGGUGUACACGACGUAUUCCAUGUUUCCACGCUACGAAAAUACGUGCACGACCCGUUACACGUGAUAGACUUUGAACCUUUACAAGUUCAAGCAGAUUUGAAAUAUGAAGAGAAGCCGGUGCAGAUCUUGGAUCGGAAAGUACAACAACUGAGGACAAAGACAAUACCACUAGUAAAAGUUCUAUGGCAGAACCAUGAUGUAGAAGAAGCUUCUGGGGAGUUAGAACAAGAGAUAAGAAGCAAAUACCCGUAUCUAUUCCCGUGA